AUGGCAGGUAAGUUGCUUUUCCAGGUUGGUAAAGAUGUUGAAUUCUGGCGAGUACUCGUUCACUUGAGCAUCCUGGCUUUCGUCCUUGUGCUCGCAGAAGGAGCACUUCAUCGUCUUGAACACAAAUUUCCACCGUCUGGAAAGUACCAGCACAUGCUCAAGAAAGCUUAUCGAGAGCUUAUGGUGCUCGGUUUAAUCAGUCUUGGACUCAAGUUUGUCAAAGAGAUUCCAGAAAUUGACGGUAGCAGUAAAACAAUGUUGGCCUUUCAAGUGGCUGACUUGACCAUCUUCCUCCUGGCACUAGCUCUUAUCUUGCAGUCAACGGGUGUCUUCCUGCUCCUCCGCAACCAAAACCACCGAGCUGAACGCGCUGAGCUCAUCACGACACAAGACUUGGUUCACUUGGUCGACAUCUCUGACGGGCUUGAAGAUAGUAGUGUCUCGUUUCUCCAAAAAUAUGUCUGCUGUGGUCGGGCAGCCAAGGCGAAAGCGAACAGCAGGGAACUCAUUGAGCUUCGUCUACUGCGACGUCUAUUUCUUUAUCGCUUUGGACUACCGCAGCUUUUUCCGUUCUCCAAGCAUCUCAGUCGAGCUCAAGCCAACCAAAUUGAGUACAUGAUUGAAACUUUUGACGCCGCCACACCAGAGAGCCACGAAUUGGUAGAAGCUUUGAUGAUGUUCGCGUGGACUCUAUUGCUGCUACAUGUCAUGGUGUUCCUAUUCUUCCGUUCCUGUGUAUAUCACUUCCUCAGUGCUGCAGCAUUUAGCCAUGACAAGGACACUCUUAUGGCAAAUUUCAGUACCAUUGCCGAUGAAGAAGCAGAAGCUUGGAAUAAUGAGGAUGCCGAAGAGGCACUAGAGACCAUGAGCUACAUCCAAGAACACCAUGAAGAACUCGAAUUUCAACGUUGUCGCAACGAAGAUGACUCGAAUCACCAGUGCGCUUUCUACGACAUGGAUGAGAUUUAUGAAGAUUUUGGUACGCUUCCGGCAGUCAUGGUCCCGCUUCCACUGGUGAUUAAUUCCCUUAUACUACAACGUCAUAUUUUCUACGAUUUCGUUAUCAUCAGUAGCACGCUUUGUACUGAUUCUCAUAUGUUGAGUGAUGUGGUGGAAAAUUUCAGCGAUGUGGUGCGACUACGAUCGGAGUUUGCCACGACGCUACUCAACCACAUUACACAGCAAGAAAAGACCGUGUUUGAUCUGCAGGAAGAACUCAAGACACGGGAUCGAAAUGAUACUGGGUUCAUUGAAGUCGAUAAUCUAAGAUCACUACUGGUAUUCUAUGUCGCCUGGCAGCUAGUAGAUGGUCAGUUGGAUCCCAGUGCAAACAACCUUUAUACCAUUGUCAAUCGUAUUGACGAGAAUGAUUCAGUCGUAGCAAUUGUGCGUCUGGAUAAGGUUCUGUUUCUGCUCUAUGAUGAAAGCAUUAUUGGAGCAGAAUUUGAGGAUCCGAACAUACGUGAUCAAACAGCAUUUCCAGGAUUUACCAUUAUGCAAUGUGCAGCCUAUUUGACUACAAAACCUACUCGUGCUAUGCAAAUUGGGCUUGGUAUUGGUACCGUGCCUAGUUUUUUACGCAAAAUGGAUAUUCCGACAGAUGUUGUCGAGAUUAGUGAAGCAGUGGUGACUCAAGCAACGGAUUAUUUUCAGUAUCAAUGGUGUCCAUGGUAUCAGAAAGAAGAUGAUGAGGAUGAUGAGGAAGAAUGUCGUCAUGGACGGACAUUUGUCAUGGAUGGAUUAAAGUUUUUAUCUAGUAAACCAAUUGACCUGGGAAUCCAGACUGAUCAUGAUCAAGCCGACCUCCAACCGUAUGAUUUGUUCAUUGUAGAUGUCUAUACAGGCUUCAACCCUUUUCUCUUUUUUGUUCGGGACCAAAUCCUUCGUAUUCGAGACAAUUGGUUAAUAUCCAAUGGAGUCCUGGUCAUGAAUUUUGUAGGCUAUAUAGAAGGUUUUCGUGCUCAAGCCCCAAAGUCCAUCUAUCGUACACUCCAGAGUGUAUUUCAAUACGUGAAAUGCUUUCGUGAGCUAGAGGAGGUGAUUCAUGAUGAAGCAGCAAACAUUAUUUUUUAUGCUUCGGACAAACCUUUUAGCUUUAAUUUGCCUACGACGGAGAUGUACGAGAAUCCUGAAAAAGAUACUUUUUUCAGUGUGGUUACAAAUUUUCCGAAUUGGGAGAUUUUUACGGACCUAAAGACUCAAGUCGAAGUUGCAAUUCAUCAGGACAGUGAUGAUGAAGGAGUCCGCUUUAUGGCAAGUAAUGAAAGGUCACAGAGGGAAGGCACGGAUGCUGUACGCGUGCUGACUGAGGCUGAUCAUGGCCAAGAAGAUUUCCGUCAGAUUCACGCUGAUACGCAAGUCUACAUGCGUCAGCGUGUUCUGGACCAAUUCCCUUCUGCACUUUGGGAGGAACUCAAACAAAGGCCAGACGCCACGACUUAG